AUGAGUCAUUCUAUUAACGUAGCUAAUAGAGUAAGGAUUUGGAAGAAUAUGAUUGAGAAACUAUCACUAGAUAGGGAUUUCGUACCUCCAAUCUUUGAAAGUGGUGAAUCAACAAUCCAUUUUAUUGUGUUCAACAAGCCUAGUUAUCCAACCUCUCUUAUUCAACGAGUGAUGGAUUAUUUAAGCCAAGGGGCAAGCCAACAAGAUAAAUUUGAUUUAGCCAUUGAUGUUGGCUGUGGGUCCGGUAUAUCGACCAAACAGUAUGCUCCAUAUUUUAAUCGAGUUAUCGGUACGGAUCAUAGCGCAACUCAACUUGAUCAAGCUCGCCAAGAAAAUCAACAUCCUAAUGUUACCUUUCAAGUAAGCGCAGCAGAAACACUACCCUUUGAAGACAAUACUGUCGAUUUGGUUGUAUGUGCUCAGGCUAUCCACUGGUUUAAUAUGGAUCAAUUUUUUGCUGAAGUGAAUCGUGUCCUAAAACCUAAUACAGGUUGUGUAGCACUAUAUGCUUAUAGCAUUCCGGUUAUCAUGAAUUGUGAUGAAGCUCAGCAACUAAAUCAUCAUAUUUAUUUUGAUCUAUUUGAUGUUCCGGAAUAUAAGUCGGCUCAUUAUUUUACUAAAUGUUGCUAUAAAAAUAUCGAAUGGCCUUUUAGCCAAACAAUAAGGGACAGUUCAAUUAUUGUCGACAGUCCAUUGGAUGUCGAGGCUUAUGUUAAUCUACUUCACACCUAUAGUGAUAACGUAAAUGUCGAUUUGCCAUAUCCAGAUCCAGAAUUGAAAAUAAGACUGGCCAAAAUGUUGAAAGAAAGUACAGGGGCAGAAAUUUUACAACAUCGCUAUACAUAUUAUUAUAUGCUUGGCCGUAAGCCGUCAAAGAUAUAA